CGAUGUAGUCUAAACGAAUCAACACCAUAAGUGAGGCAUACAUGUGAUUAUGGUGAUUUUAAUUUUUAUAUUUCCUAUACAGAGCGUGUUGUUAAUAUCGGGAGUGUUGAGUGAAUAUGAAGUACCUAAAGCACAUCUAAGGAUACUGAAACCUAAAGGAUUUACAGUCAGCAUACCUCAUGAAGAUGGUGUAGAGCUGUUCGCGUUUCAUGGAAAUUUGAAUAAGCCUCUAGACAAUUUGGAAGCCGGAAGAUAUUCAAAGGAUAUUUUGAAACAUAGUGGUGGAAAAUGGGUUUUUGAAGAUCGGCAAACUGAAUUGAAGAAGGGCGAUGUGAUUUAUUAUUGGUUGUUUGUGAUUAGAAAUCAUUUAGGUUAUCGGAGUGAUUUGCAAGAAUUUCAUAUCAAUGAUGAUGAGGAUAUAACGAGCAAGUCGCCAGAAAGUUCCCGUGAGAGCAACUUUUACGCAUCAUUUGGUCAACAAUUUCAUUUAGAUAACGAGAAUGAGUCUGGCUACAAAAUAGCCCUCAAAGUUUCAAAUAUCGCUAUGGAAUUAUACGAGGAAGUGAAAAAACUUAGAGAAAUAAACGAUAUAUUGAAAACAAUUAUCGGUAGAGAUGAAAUUAAUUCAAAAACUUUACGUUUCGAAGGUAUAUUGCCUGGUUUUGACGAUGCUGUGUAUAAUGCUCAAAUUAUUAUGAAAGACAAGUUAGGAAUAACAGUUCGUGUACUGAAUGCAACUCGAAAUACUGAUAAGAGUAUAACAUUCUUAGUACCUAGUUUAAAUGAAAAAAUUUAUGUUAUACGAACUGCUAAAACGGCUUUGAAUGGGUCCAAAAUAAAAUUGACUUAUUGAAAAUUGUAUAUUCGCUCUAUUAAUAUUUUAUUAAAUAAAAUUUCAAGGUUAACGUAGGACUGUGUUCCUCGUUAUGUUCAAAUUGUUAUAUUCAAUUAAA